AUGGCUCGUCGUUCAAGUCAAAAAAAUCGUCGUCAAGAUCCAAAUGCACCAAAAAGAGUUAAAACAGCUUGGCAAAUGUUUUUCUCUGAUAAUCGUGAAGAAGUUAAGAAACAAAAUCCUAACUUAACUGUUCAAGAAAUUUCGAAAAAAUUAGGUGAAAUGUGGCGUCAUAGUGAUGAUGCUACAAAACGUCGAUAUCAAAAUCAAUAUCAAACAAGUCAAAAUGAAUAUCAUGAAAAAAUGGUUGCAUAUAGAGAAGAAAAAAAUAGAAAAAGUCAAUCAUCUAAUACAGGAAAAAAUAAAAAAAAUCAAUUAUCAGAUUCAAAAAUUAAUAGUGGACAAUCAAAUAAAGAAAAUAUUAACGAUGAAGAUUAUGAUCAAAUGUAA